UCACUGGGCUCCGUGAGUGUGCGAGGAUCAGCAGCCACAGAAUGACAAGGGGAGAGAGAUAGAGCGAGGUAAAGAAGAGAAGGAGAGAGCGUUAUACUGAGGACCAAGGACUAUCACAGACAGGAGAAAGAGAGAGAGAGAGAGAAGAGAGCAGAGAAACGAGGAGCAUGCAGAUGAAAGAGGGGGAUAAGAAGAGAGCAAACCAGAAAUGGGCAGAGGAUCUAUCAAACUUUCAUCAUCUGCGGGCCUUUGGUCAGAAACUGAGAAAAGCCUUGACACUGAUGUCCAAUCAAAAGUAGUUAAACUAGUGAGGAAGAUCUUUUAUAGAAGGACACAGACUUUAUAACCACUGAACUGAUGGAGCUUCAACCAUUGGUUACUUUUAAUGGCUACUGAAUUUCUGUCUGCAGCCAUAGAAACUCACUGAAACUGCCCCUCUCACACAAAUAUACAUUUGGAUAAACAAGCUGAAAACUGGACAGAAUCCUGCUGACCACCAGUGAUGUCACCUGGUGCCCCCAUUCCUUUCAGCUCCCCAGGGGGCUGAGCCAGUCUGUUGAGGAGUAUGGGCAGGAGAGUGGCUGAUCCCACCAAUCCGGUACCUGCACUGGGGGUGCCCCUGGCAGGGGGGCGAUGGGGCCCGCUGUGCAGUGUCGGGGUGCAGACCUCUCCUGGACUCAGGACACUCCCCUCCAUCAAGCGACACGGCAGCCAACCAAACAGCACACCACGUCAACUCACCAAGACAAAAGACAAAGCCAUGACAGUGGAGACAGGGGGAGUUAUUGUCAGUGACAGCAACAGCUUGCCAGUGUCCAAGGAGACGUCUCAGAACGAGAUCAACAGCCUGACACAAGACGACAUGGGCUCACAGGGGUCAGGCAGUGGCGUUUACUGCCAGAUCAAAACUAUACAGACAAAUCCCAAGGACACAAGAGGUAAAAGGACAGCCCGAUAUACAAAUGGCAGCGUGGUAGCCUCUGACGUGGUGGGAGGGGUUUGCAGUGAGGCUGCUGAGGGAAAGGACCUGGUCCGAGAGAGGAGGCGGGUCCAGUCUCUGCGAGGAGAGGGCCAUCGGUCAACAUUAAAGACGGGCAGUGUUUGUACGACAGUUCAUGCCACCCCACCACGGCCCUGUCGAGUAAUGACGACUUCCCCACCCCGCCUCUGUGGGACAUGUGGGAGGAGACAAUCACAGAUGACUCCUUGCACAGGCGCGUGCCGCAGGCGGACAGCUAAUCAGAUAACAGCCAGCCAGACUUUACCCAAUCCUUCCCGAAAACAGUCUGUGGCCCCUAACCAGUCGAGAAAAGACUCCCCGCUCUUGAAUUCCCAGUCCUGUCCUAAGAAUACACACACAGCACACACAUCCACAUCUGUCAAGACAACUCAAAUACCACAACUGUCACACACCAUACCUAAAACACAAAGCUCACACUCAAACCACACAUCACACACACACAGCAAAACAAAAGAUGCAAAGCAACACACAAGGCCCCGUUCUGCAGACUUUACCCACUACAAGGACUCAGCCACACAGACAAUAGACUUACAUGUACACAGCAUGGACAACAACACAGGUACCACAGACACACAACAAACGCACGCAUCGUCUGCUGAAGCAAUGGAGCUGUAUUCAAUUGACAAACACAAACACACCUCAGCUAAAACGCAACAUACGCACCAACAUGCUAAUGAACAUAUGCACCAUCACCGACAGCCAUCAUUCCAUGUAACAAAUAAAACUCUACCCCCCACCCCUCUCAAAGAUUCAAAAUCUAGCGUCACCCCACCACUCCCACCGAAAAACUCCCCUAAAUCCACUCACUCCAAACCAGGAACACAUAUUUGGCAAACCAAAAACGCCCAGCAAACCCCAAACCUAUCCUACCAAACUUCAUCAGAAGGGGUAAAACUUGAGGACUCUAUAAAACAGCCGAGUGCAUCGUCAGAUAACGGUCGCUCCCCGCCUUGUACGACUCAUUCAAAUGCACAGUGUAACGGGGCUCCAGCAGGUUUGUUGGGUGGACAUGUGGGGGUGGUGCCAGACGGGCUGGAGGGGAGGCUACAGAGUGUGGAGGAGAACCUGCUGUCCAACCAGGAGAAAAUCAAAGUGCUCCUCAAUGUCAUUCAAGACCUGGAGAAGAGCAAGGCCCUCAGCGAAGGUCGCUGCUCGUACAGAACUGGUCAGGACAUUAACAACUGUCCCACCUGCCAAAAGACAGCCUGCAUCAUCUACAGUGUGGAGCAUGAUUUCCGGCAGCAGGAGGGACGCUUCCAAGGAGUGAUGGAGGCCCUGGAGGGAGAGUAUGAUGUACCUGCGCCCACCGUGACCAAGGCUAUGCCAGCUUCCUCAUCCUCCACCCGCCCCAGCACCAAGGCACGUGUCAAAAAGAUCCGCAAGAAGUGCUUCUGGUGGCUCUAGGCCGAGGGGGACAAAAAUCCCCAACGGCUCAACUUCUCAACAAAUGCAAACACUGUAGGUGGCCAUGGUUUUAUGGGACCCUGGGCCCCAAAACUGCAAGAGUAAAGCAUCUCUCUCAUGGUCCUCUGGGGGUGCAGUGUGUCAUUCCUGUUAAGUGGGCCAAGUUUUCCCAGCUGCACCGCUGUAAAUGGGACUUUUUCCAUGUUCCCUGCCACUUCUGUCCUCAACUGUGAAAAAAUAUUCUGGGGGACCAGUCGAAGCAAGAGAAAAGGAAGCAAAGUUGAACGAUUAACUUUGGAUGGAUACCGCUUCUUUCACUCAACUAGAGGAAGCAUUGAUGCUAUGGAUGUUUGACUCAUGGAUGAACGGACUGAUGCCAAGAUGGAUUCAAACACACAGCUGGAGAAUGUAUUGUACAUUCCAACAACAUAGCCUAAAAUUACAGCAAUAAGCAGGGGAACUGGAAUGAUUCGGAAAAGCUGAGAAAUUAAACAUCCAGUCACAAUACCGUGCCUUUGGAUGACUUGGCAACAUAAAUUUUAAUGUAUGACAAUUGGGAGCUAAGAGGAUAUGAGUGGAAAAUAGACUAGUGAGCUCUGCAGGAAAAAUGAGAAAGCUCACUGAAUGGAUAUCAGGGUUUUGGAUAGCACAAUGGAGAUUGUAAUAAGAAUAUAUUAAGAACUUUGCAUCUGAAAGAGGCCGAUCUGAUAGGCAGCUCAUCAAAGACUGACAGGUCAUGUUGGCCAGCUGCAAAUUCUGUCGCACGUAAUUGACGGAGUGAUUGAUCCGCUCUUUCAUUACCAUCCCAAAACAGCAGUAUUAUGCUGUAAGCUCAAUCUAGUUUAAAGGGUUUCAUGCACACACACACAUACACACACGCACG